AUGCGUAAUCUAUUCGCGUUUCUUUUGAUAUUUCUUUCUUUCUUUCUUUCUUUCUUUCUUUCUUUCUUUCUUCGCCAUGUUCCUCUUUCUUUUUGUUUUAUUUUUUCUUUCUUUCUUUCUUUCUUUCUUUCUUUCUUUCUUUCUACACAAUUGACUGUUUUUUUGUCUUUGAUCUUUCUUUCCGUCUUUCUUUUUCUUUCUGUGUUUCUUUCUUCUUUUCUUUCUUUUUUUUUCUUUCUUUCUUUCUUUCUUUCUUCGCCAUGUUCCUCUUUCUUUUUGUGUUUUGUUGUGACUGUUUUUUUGUCUUUGAUCUUUCUUUCCGUCUUUCUUUUUCUUUCUGUGUUUCUUUCUUCUUUUCUUUCUUUUUUUUUCUUUCUUUCUUUCUUUCUUUCUUCGCCAUGUUCCUCUUUCUUUUUGUGUUUUGUUGUGACUGUUCUUUUGUCUUUGAUCUUUCUUUCCGUCUUUAUUUCUUUCUUCGCCAUGUCCCUCUUUCUUUUGUGUAUUGCUGUGACUGUUUUUUUGUCUUUGCUCUUUCUUUCCGUCUUUCUUUUUCUUCCUGUGUUUCUUUCUUUCUUUCAUCCUUUCUUUCAUCCUUUCUUUCUUUCUUCGCCAUGUUUCUCUUUCUUUUUGUGUUUCGUCGUGACUGUUCUUUUGUCUUUCCUCUUUCUUUCCGUCUUUCUUUUUCUUCCUGUGAUUCUUUCUUUCAUCCUUUCUUUCUUCGACAUGUUCCUCUUUCUUUUUGCGUUUUGUUGUGAGUGUUCUUUUGUCUUUGAUCUUUCUUUCCGUCUUUCUUUUUCUUUCGGUGUUUCUUUCUUUCUUUCUUUCUUUCUUUCUUUCUUUCUUUCUUUCUUUCUUCCUUUCUUUCUUUUUUUCUUCGCCAUGUUCCUCUUUCUUUUGUCUUUUGUUGUGACUCUGUUCUUUUGUCUUUCCUCUUUCUUUCUUUCUUUCUUUCUUUCUUUCUUUCUUUCUUUCUUUCUUUCUUUCUUUCUUUCUUUCAUUUUUCAAACAUUUAUCUUCUUUCCCGUUAUUUGCAGCUAUUAA